UGUUUUUGUUUUUAGUUUAGUUUACAUUAUUCUUCUGUUUGUUUCCCGAGAAAAUUGCAAAAGACAAAAAUAAAGAUGAGAAUUAUGGAAUUUUUUGCUUUUCUAUUAUGUUACUUUCUGUUUUUCCAAAGAGAUAAACCUAAGCUAAGCAAGAUUGUAGCUCUAUUUUGUUUUCUUUUUAUUACUUUAAUUCAGUUUUAUAUGAUCUAUUGAGAUUCUGUAUUGUGAAUUCUGUUUCUUUUUUUUUUUUUUGAGGUAAUUGAUUUACAGAAAUGAACUUAGGAUGGUUGAGAUUAUGGGCUUCUAUUUUUUUUGGCUCUUUAUUGGUUUAUUUUAGGAUGAACAUAUAUAUCACAUGAUUGGCUUGUUUUUCUGAUUUGGGCAUAUGUUGUAUUCUUUCCCAACUAUGGAUCAAAUUGCCUUAUAGAAAUUUGUCCCUCGUUAAUUUGAUAAUGCAAAAAUUAAAGCAUCCAAUAAUGUGGGUUAAAUAGGAUAAAAAGGAUUGAGAAAAUUUCACAAUUGAAGUUUCCUCUUGACUGCUAGAGGGGUUUGCCUUUGCCAAGUGUUCACGGUGUGGAUGCACAUAGAAAACAAAUAAAUUGAUACUAGGAACAAUUCAAAUUAGACUUUUUUUAGUAUAAUGGAUCAUGUUGAUCAUGUAUGCCCUUUGAGCAGGCCCGUUGUUUCCUGUGAGUUACUUAUUGAAUGACAUGUGUUGAUUAAAGAUUAAUAUUGUACUGAUGGGUUUAGGGUUAGAAAUUUCAGUUUAUGUGCAGUUUCUGCAUCAUCCGCAGGUGUUUUUAAGCUAUAUUCUGUUUUCAUAUUCUUGUGUCCCUGACUUCUGUAAUUUUAUUGUAGCAAAAAAUCUUUUGGAACCAUAUGAAUAUCAGUUGUACAUCUAUGAGAAGAAGUAUAGUUAGAUUAUCUCUUCUCAUGCUUGACUAUUCCCUAAUUUCAUUCUUUGAAAAGCUCAUAUUAGAAUGGUAACUCUUUGUAGAGCUCAUUUGUUUUUUCCUGGACAUUGUAGCCCUUCUGAAAUAAAUCAUCCAAUGGAAGAUGAAUUGGUUGGCCUUGUAUUUUUUUCAACCUAAGGUUCCAAGAAAAGGAUGGACUAGCUAGAUUCGAAAUUAAUUGAAGACAAUAAAAACAAUAAUUAUAAUACAAUCGGUCAAGGUGUGCGUGCAAUUAGCAAAACCUUUUUGUCUGAUUUACUUCUAGCAAGAAUACUGUCUUUCCAGCCUCCAUCUUCGGUUGAUAUUAAAAAUGUUGGAACAACUUUGAACAAUUUGAUGGAGGCAAGCUUUUAAGCAGUGUGAAGAGAGAAUGCUUAGUGUAUUAGCUUAUUUUCCUUCUGAAUAGGAUUAAUUGUUGAGCAAUAGAGUGCAUUUUGGUAAGAUUGAUGCCACUUUCAAACGUGAAUUUUGCUCAAGGGAUAUUAAUAUGGCUAUCGCAGAAACCAGAGCAACGGUCUCAUGUACCCAAGUUUGGCAAUUGGAACAGUGAAGAGAACGUUCCCUACACAGUUUAUUUUGAUAAGGCCCGUGAGGGUCGCAGUGGAGGAAAGAUUGGAAAUCCGAAUGAUCCCGAAGAGAACCCAGACUUACAUGCUCCAACUGCAGCUCCUCCUGCUUCCAGAGCAAAACCAGGACUGGAUGAACCAGUAGGACAUAAACCUGCUAGAAGAGCCCAUGAGCGUGGAAGGAGCAGGGAAGAAGGUGAACUCAGACAAUAUGCUGAUUCUCCAGCACGUCAUGAGAAUGUCAACCGCAGAGCUAGUGGGGACUCUACACCUUCACGUUAUGGCCGUGAAGUAAGUUCUGCUGAAGCCCCAAAACGAACUACAAGACCAAGUAUCGGAUCUGAAAAUAGCAUAGAUAGAUCACCCCUCCAUCACCAGGCUCGUGUCGCAGGGAGAGGUAGCAUGGCAUCACCUGCCUGGGAAGGAAAGACUUCAUACGAUAGUAGCCAUGCCACUCCUGGGAGAUCCAGAAUGAGGCCAAGUGCUAGAGGCGAUGAAAGUCCUGAUAAAGGUGCUGCUGUUCCAAAAUUUGGUGAUUGGGAUGAGAAUAACCCGGCAUCAGCUGAUGGUUAUACUCACAUAUUUAAUAAGGUGCGAGAAGAGAGGAACAACGGGGUCAGGGUACCGGGCAUGCCAGGUGCACAAUCUCCACACAACACUGUUCGGAACCGAAAGCCAAAUAACAGCAGUGCUAAGAGUUGCUGCCUUCCAUGGUGCAGGAAAUGAGGCCUGUGAAUUUGUGGAUUUGUUACAAGUUGUGUGGAAUAUUGUAAAUACAUUGGAGGCUCCUUUAAAGCAGAGUAAUUUCACUGAAGUGAGGUUAUUAUCUCUA